UUAUAUUUUUGUGUAGGUGAUGUCCAUGUCGGCUUCCUCACUCCAAAGCCAUAUGAGUAUCGCUGAAUGGUCUCACUAUAUAAUAGGCAGGGCAAGCAACUUGACAAUAUUUAUUUAUUUAUUAUAAACUGAUCGAUAAUAUAUAGUUGAAUUAUUGUGUUUGGUCUCUUUGUAAACGUCACGAUGUGACCGGUAUAUAUAUAUUUUAUACUCCGAUGAGAUGGAUGAGUCAGAGUGGAAUUUUUGGUGGAAACAAUGAACUCUCCGUACUAAGUACAAACUACAAAGCAUGCCAAGGCCCACGAUUUUCCCUUUUUUUAUAUAGAUAUCGAUCAUUUUUACAAUCCAGCCGGCCAAAUUUGGCUUCUCUGCUUCCGGCGACCCCACUGGCUUGGAACCUACCAGCCCCCCGUGGUCACGAAACGACAUUUGAACAUGUUUUGGGAUGUCGAAAGCAAAGGCAGGCGGAUAAAUAUCAGAGCGAGUAAAAUUAUAUUAUAUAUGUGCAUGAAAUGGAAAGGCGGCCCACUUGCAUACCGUUGUCGUCUGUGUGUGGUAUUCGGAUUCUCAGUCGACUUCUCCACUUUACCCAGAGAGAGAGAGAGAGAGAGAGUCAACAAUGGGGCAACCCUUGAGCAAAAAUUGGCGACUUUUGAUUAUCUUGAGUUGUGUGUUUGUUAUAUGGUGGAAUGAAGUGGAAAGGUAAAGCCAAUUACUUAAAGGAGUAUUCUUCUUUCAAUAUUCUAAUUAUCGUUAUCAUCAUCGCCACCACCAUCGUCUUCCUUUUGUUCCAACACUUUAUAUCUAAUCUCCUCGUCGGCCGUGCUUGCCUUUCCGUUUUGUUUAGUAGAUAUGACCAAGACCAAUCAAUCUCCCCCACUUUUAUUAUCUUUGCUUUCCAGUGCAUACGGAACACAGCAAACCUUUUUAUCUCUUCUUCAUCUUGUUAUGGAAAAUUAUUGUCCAACAGUGACCAGUGAGUAAACUAGAGCAAAUAUGGGCACAAAACAAAUGGAGUCUUUUCAAGGAAAACAAAAAGUCCACAACCGCAAAGGUAAACAAUUUUGCAGAUCCGGGACUUUGGAGCCCAAUCUCCAACAUUUUUGUUAUUGGAUCUGUUUGUAAGCCCAGAGGUUCAUUAAACUGGAUGGCCCAAGCAUAGAUAAGAAUAAAAGAUAUAUGCGUGUUAGAUGUUAUCCACAGUGUUCAUUGGUGUUUGACAAGAAAAGGAGGCCCAAUUCCUACAAUUGGGCAAUAGAGAAACGUUGGAAAUGGGCCUGGAUCGAUCGAGUUAUUAAGGGCUUCAUCAUACCAUAAUUGACCUGAAUUGAUAGAUCGUUGCAAACAGUUAUAUUUUGCAAGAACAGUGGCAAAAACAGAGGAUCACCUCACCCUUCUGUUUUGAUCCCUACAAAACAAUCCUCCAGGUAAAGAAAGAAAAAAAGAUGGUACGUGCCUGGUAGUUGAUGCUCCUGGAUGUACAUCUUCUCCGUUGCUUACAGUAGCUAGAUCCUAGCUUGCUUGUCAAUUGUCAAUUGAUGGAUCAGAGAAGGAAACAGUUAUGAUUUACAGAGCCUCUGUUUCUAGACAAGAAAACCCAGCAAUGGCAGACACAGGGAAUCAAUUCGGAGUUCGGACCCCAUGGAAGAAGACGGAGAAGAAGAGUUUAGGCCAUUGCUUUCUCCUUCUGCGUUGGCUCUCUCUCUCUCCCUCUCUCCCACCAAAUCUGUACAGUACUUUGGUGAUUAACUUAGUCAAUUCAAUUCAAUACUACAAAUGCUUGCCGCAGAACAGAAUCGACCCUUCAAGUUCAAGGCCGGAGGUUGCUACUAGCUAGCUAGACACGAAUGACGAUGGAUCAAUGAACUCGGCGGACAUUAAUUACUUACUUUAUAGCAAGGGGAUACAUUCAUUCAACCUUCCCAAUUUACCAAAAGAAUUGAAAAGUCAAGCCCCACGUGUCCUUUUCUGGGGCCCUUCUCCCACCUUGCCUGAAUCAAGAUAACGAGGGACUGGAGGGACCAAAGUUUUGUUCUCCGUACACCCUCCUCCUCCUCCUCAAGCAAAGUCAAGUCUUCUUAUUAGUAGCAGGCAAUUUUUCAAUUGAUGCAACUCUCCUCCCAGACCAGUUGAUAGUUUCGUGGGUUUUUAAUCAAUUUUCAACCACAAACCAAUUUCCACAGAGAAGAACAGACAGAGCAGAGCGUCGCAUUGUGAGACAAUGACGCAGGCAGGCAAGGCAUAAUGGCAGGCAGGUGUACGCAUGCAAUUAAAUUAAUGGGCCCCGAUCCGCUUACGAGGACGUUGAAUUUUCUAACCUAAUCAACCCAUUCUGAUGGCUCCUGGUCAGCCGACGAGAUUGAUUGAAGAGAAGUUGGAGGCCGGGAAUCAAUUGGGCUCCGGGAGCGUGUUUUUAUAAUUAACCCACCUUAUUACAUUACAUUACAAGAUGAUGAUGAUGAUGAUGAUGAUAAUAAUAAUAUAAUUAAGCGCCAUUGGACCAAUGCUUUCAGCCAUCUCGAGCUCUUUUAUUUCUGAACCUUCCCCAAGUUGACACUGUAGAGUAGUCACGACUUUUCAAAGCACUAGCAUUAGUUUUUUAUUACCUUAUAUAACAAUAUCUCUGUUUCUCUGUCACAGUUGAAUAUAACAAGUCAAAACAGCCAUCCUUCAGUUUUGGCUAACAUUGAAUCCCCCUGUCUGUUCCCUCCUCUCCUCUCACUCUGCCAUCUAAUUAUCUCUGACCCGUCGCCGGGACAAAAUACUCUAUGUCGAUUGCGUCUCCGUAUUCAGCUGCUGCACUAAUCGCCGCCGUUCUUUAUGCUGUUUCCAUCGCCGGUGUCGUCCAAGUAGCACUUGCCCAGAAUCGGACUCGUGCUGCCACUCAUCCCGACGAAGCAAGAGCAUUGAACGCCAUUUUCGAGAGAUGGGGAAUCGAAGCGCAACCGGGGCAAUGGAACAUAAGCGGCGAGCUCUGCAGUGGAUCGGCGCUGGGUGCAAGCCCCACCAUCGACGAGCAAGCUUUCAACCCUUUCAUCAAAUGCGACUGCACUUUCAAUUCCUCCACCGUCUGCCGCAUCACCGCCCUGAAAGUAUCGUCUAUGGAUAUUGCUGGUCCAAUCCCUGAUGAGCUUUGGAGUCUCACCUUGCUAACCAAUCUGAACUUGGGUCUGAAUUUCCUGUCUGGAACCUUGUCUCCAUCCAUUGGCAAUUUGACGCGUAUGCAGUGGCUGAAUUUGGCCACUAAUCAAUUCACCGGGCCUGUGCCUAGGGAGAUUGGGUUGCUUACUGAUUUAAGAUCAUUUGGUUUCGGGUCAAACAACUUCACAGGUUCCUUGCCGUCUGAGCUGGGGACUUUGUCAAGGCUUCAACAAAUAUAUUUUGAUAGUGCUGGAGUUAGCGGCCAAAUUCCUUCGACGUUUGCUAAUUUAACCAACAUGGAGACUGUAUGGGGAUCAGAUAAUGCUCUCACAGGCCCUAUUCCUAGUUUCAUAGGGACUUGGAGAAGGCUUACAACUUUACGGUUUGAAGGAAACUCGUUUAGCGGUCCAAUACCAUCAUCCUUCUCCAACUUAACCAAUUUGACAGAGUUACGGAUAGGUGGUAUUACGAACGGAACCUCUUCUCUGGGAUUCAUUAGGGGCUUGACUUCCCUAUCCACCUUGGUCCUGAGGGACAGUAGUAUAGCUGGUACAAUUCCAUCCGACAUAUGGGGGGACUAUCCGAAUUUGGGAUUUCUGGACUUGAGCUUCAAUCGUCUCACUGGAACAAUCCCAGCCGCAGUUUUCAAUAUGAGCUCUCUCACUUUCUUGUUUCUUGGGAAUAACAGCCUGAAUGGUACUCUUCCUGCUCAGAAAAGUGCUUCACUUGUCAAUAUCGAUGUUUCAUACAAUAACAUAGGAGGGCCCUUGCCUUCUUGGACAAAUGGAAGAAAUCUUCAGCUGAACAUAGUAUUCAACAACUUCACAAUAGAUCCUUCCAACACUAAUGGCCUGCCUACCGGGAUUAACUGUCUUCAACAAGGAUUCCCCUGCAACAGAAAUAGUCCAAUAUAUUCCCAAUUUUCAGUGAAGUGUGGUGGUCCAGCCAUUACAACCGCCAGUCCUCGGCUAACCUUCGAAAGGGACAAUGAGACUCUUGGUCCAGCAACAUAUUUCGUGACCCCAACAAACAGAUGGGGAGUCAGCAACGUUGGCUUGUUUGCAGGAAACAACAAUCCUCAGUACACAUCAUUUUCGUCCUCUCAGUUCACCAACACUCUAGACUCGGAGCUGUUUCAGACGGCACGUCUCUCUGCUUCAUCUCUGAGGUACUAUGGCAUGGGGCUUGAGAAUGGCAACUACAGCGUCACACUUCAGUUUGCUGAGACUGCCAUUGAGAAUGGUAACACUUGGAGGAGUCUCGGAAGAAGGAUGUUUGAUGUCUAUAUCCAGGGGACUCGUGUUUUGAGGGAUUUCGACAUAAGAAGUGAGGCAGGAGGGGUCUCGACCCGGGCUGUUCAGAGACGGUUUACUGUCCGGGUUUCGGAGAAUUACAUGGACAUCCAUUUGUACUGGGCUGGAAAGGGUACUUGUUGCAUUCCUGCACAAGGUGUAUAUGGCCCUUCUAUUUCAGCAAUCAGUGCUCUCCCAGAUUUCGUACCAACUGUUAGCGACAAUCCUCCACGCACAGACAGUGGUGGAAAUGACAACAAGACAGGGAUGGUCGUUGGGAUUAUCAUAGGUGUCUUGGUUCCAUGCUCGAUAUUAGCUAUUGUAAUGAUCAUUAUUAUUCGGAGAAAGAGAAGACAAAGAGCCUUCGAAGAUGAAGAGCUCCAAGGGAUUGAUACCAGACCUUACACUUUCAGUUACGCCGAGCUGCGGGGGGCCACUCAAGACUUCAGUCCUUCUAACAAGCUUGGAGAAGGAGGAUUUGGACCCGUUUACAUGGGAAAGCUUGAUGAUGGUAGAGUAAUUGCAGUGAAGCAGUUGUCAGUUCAAUCUCACCAAGGAAAGAGCCAGUUCAUCACAGAGAUUGCCACCAUAUCUGCUGUACAGCAUCGCAACCUUGUGAAGCUGUACGGAUGCUGCAUUGAGGGAGAAAACAGGCUUCUCGUCUAUGAAUAUCUCGAGAACAAAAGUCUUGACAAAGCACUCUUUGGUGAAAACGGCCUGAACCUCAACUGGCCGACACGUUACGAGGUCUGCUUGGGAGUCGCGAGGGGUCUAGCAUAUCUUCAUGAAGAGUCAAGGCUGAGAAUCGUGCAUAGAGACGUGAAAGCCAGCAAUAUCUUGCUUGAUUCCGAGCUGGUCCCCAAGAUCUCUGAUUUUGGGUUGGCUAAGCUCUAUGAUGAUAAGAAGACUCACAUCAGCACCCGUGUCGCCGGAACAAUAGGAUAUCUAGCUCCUGAAUACGCCAUGCGUGGACACCUUACUGAGAAAGCUGAUGUCUUUGCCUUUGGAGUGGUAGCUCUGGAGGUUGUAAGCGGGAGGCCUAAUUCAGACCCAACCUUGGAUGAAGAAAAGAUGUAUCUUCUUGAAUGGGCCUGGUACCUACACGAAAACAACCGGGAAGUGGAGCUGGCUGAUUCCAGGCUCUCCGAAUUCGACGAAGAAGAAUUGAAACGAUUGGUAGGAAUCGCUCUACUCUGCACGCAAGCUUCCCCUUCGCUGAGGCCAUCGAUGUCCCGGGUUGUGGCAAUGCUAUCAGGCGACAUUGAAGUGAGCACAGUUACAUCUAGGCCCGGAUAUUUGACCGAUUGGAGGUACGACGAUACGACUGGCAGCUUCAUGAGCGACAUCGCUACCAAAGGUACUACAGAUACCAGCCAUUACACUUCAUCCACGAGCACAUCCAUGGUGGCCGAUUCAGAGGUUUCUCCGCACAAUGCCUCGAAGCCCAUGCUACAUGGGCUCAUUGGAGAAGGUCGAUAGAUAGACUGAUACACAGAUCACAAGCACAUACGAGGCAUAAUGUUUGAGGAUCUUCAGUUGCACAAUUCAGAAACUCUUUGUUGAAUUCUUGUACAUGUGUAAUCUCAUUGUCCGAUUUGAAGCUAAAGGGAGGAUUUUAUCCCUUGCUGUAAUUAGAAGAUUGUAUGCUUGAAUAUUACCACGAUUUGUUUUUCUCAUUUGUUAGUAAUUGAUAUGCGGCAUAAACAAGCAGCAAUUUGAUGAUGGAAUGAAUGACUGUUGUCAAC